AUGCCGCUGUUCCUCGCGAACCUGGCCAUGGCCAGCUACUUCCUGGCGCUCUGCUACGUGCUGAUCACGGCGAUGACAGUGAACAAGUACAUUGAGCUCCGGGGCGUGCUCAAGCGGCACCAACACACGACGUGGAGCACCGUCCAGCUGCUGAUACUGAGUGUGGCGCUGGGCUCCUUCUUCCGGUCGGCCACCUUCUCCACCCUCUGCAUCUUCGACUCGCAGGCCACCGCAGAUUUGCCCACUGGGAUCUCCGGCACCAACCCGUGGACUCGCGGGGGACUUCCGCCGGCUUAUGGUGGGGAAGAUGCGGAAGACGCGGACGGAGCCACGAGGGGCCAGGCUGGCAGCCACGCGCAGGCAGAACUGGACUUCUACAACAAAGUAGUGGCUGUGCUGUUCAAUUUGCCAGACUUUUUGUUCGUGUCGUCCUAUUUGCUGCUGGUGCUGGUGUGGGCUGAGGCCUUUCAGUCGUCACGACGUCACUGGUUUUCGGCGGCAGUUUUUAGAAGGAAGUGGAUGAUCUUCUACCUGGUUUUCAAUGGAGGUUUGUACCUGACGCAGCUCGUGCUGUACGCAAGUUUGUUCCUGUACGACAAGAACGGGAUCUUUGAUGAUGAGAAGCAAGAUCGCCUCAGUGUUAUACCCGCGACGAUCUUCUACUUGGUCGCAGCGGCUGAUCUAUUCCUUCCGAUUAUCAUUUUCUCGACGUGGCUCUAUUUGACACUGUCGCUGUCGGGUUUUCCGUUCAAGUCACCAUCGGCAAAACUUCGACUCCAGCGCGUGGGGCGACUUGUGAUGGCGUGGAGCUGUGGAAGAAUUCUAUACAGCGUCAUGACACUGCUUACAUUCACCAAGGGAUGGUUCAAUGUGCACCGCGAGCAUGCUUCAACUCAGGCAAUGUUACUCGUGGGGGUGUUUUUCGCCGCCGAGUUGAUUCCCAUUUAUUUGACACUGGACAAGCGCCUGUUGGCGAUGUUAUCCGUGGAAAACUACGAACCAUUACUAGAGAGCUCGGAGAUCUACCGCUAG